AUGACAGAGGCAGCCCUACAUGUUGAACAACUGAAUCAAUUAAAGGAGAUAUUUGGUCGGUUUGACAUGGACUCGGAUGGCAGCCUGACCAUUUUAGAACUUGCAGCUUUAUUAAGGUCACUAGGACUCAAGCCCUCCGGUGACCAAAUUCAUGUUCUAUUAGCCGACAUGGAUUCUAAUGGCAAUGGCUCUAUAGAAUUCGAAGAAUUGGUCCAUGCCAUCUUACCUGAUGUAAAUGAGGAGGUUCUUGUAAAUCAAGAGAAACUUUUGGAGGUAUUUCAUAUAUUUGAUCGUAACGGUAAUGGAUACAUUAGCGCUGCCGAGCUAGCAGGAUCUAUGGCCAAAAUGGGGCAACCAUUAACGUACAAGGAACUAACAGAGAUGAUAGAGGAGGCAGAUACUGACGGUGAUGGUGUAAUUAGUUUCAAUGAAUUUGCAACUGUUAUGGCAAAAUCAGCCGUGGAGUUCUUAGGCAUCACUUAG